CUGGAGAGGAAAAUGCAUCUCAGGGCUGCCGUCUCCGUCUCCGUCUCCGCCGCCGCCGCCGCCGCCGCCCGUCCUGCUGCUACUUCUCGCGGCCGCCACCGCCGCGCCUCCUGGUCGCCCCUCUCGCGGAUCUCCGGCGCCUCCUCGCCGCCUCCCGUCAGCUACAGCCAGACACACACAGUCCGCUGCAUCCCCUCGGCCCGGGCCCGCCGCCGCGAGCCCCCCGCUCUCCUCGCCGCCGCCGCCGUCCUCCUCUUCCUCGGGCGGCCGCAGCACCCUCCGGCCCGUGCACAUGCCUUGCCCUCCCCGGCGCGCCGCGGGCCUCCCCGAUUCCCUCACAUAGGGCGCGGGGAAGCUGGCUGCGCCGCCUCGGCCGACUGGUUCGGGAGCCUCCUCCCGGGCCCGCGCACGCGCGCUCCCGCGCACACUCGCCAGGCGCCCGCGCACCGCGCGCCCGGGAAGGGCAGCCCCGCCCCCGCUCCCUCUGCCGCCGGGCAGGCCCCGCCCCCGGACUCCCCACCCCACCCCAGGCCCGGCCACAGACUCCCGCGCACACCCUCCCCGACCCAGCCGCCCACCGGAGUCCCUCCCACCCACUCCUCCUCCCCAGCACGAACCCCAGUCGUCGGCAUAGCCACCCCUCCACUCCCCCGAAAACUCUGCAGCCUCCGCUCGCCCUUGGCCUCCCCCUCCGGCCUUCUGCACGGUUCCCCCUGCUAACGGCCUUCUCCCCUCCCCGGCCUCGCCCGCCCCUGCAGCACCCCACCCCUUCCCUGCAGCGCAACCUACCAUUGCUUCCCUCCCACCGAAAUCGCUGCAGAGGGCCCCCUCCCCUUCCGAGCGCACCCCCAACCAUAUAUGCAUUUUCAGCUUUCCGAACCUGAUGGCUGCUCACAGACAAUACUGCCCCCCCACCGCCUUCCGGGUCCCAGUGGCUUAAGCACCUCCUCUCCCAAAUUGAUCAGACUGAAGAACUACUGCCCAUCUCACACCCGCGUCCUGUCGUCUGUGGCACAUGCCUUUGUCCAAAGGUCACAGGUUUUGUGACUUCAACGGGAGUGGGGCGGGGGGAAGCCCGGCAAUUCCGGAUGACAGAACCGAAAGUUUGCCUUGCACUUUCUUCUCCAGACGUGCCUGGUUUCUGAAGUUCUCCUGCGAACCUGGGUCCGUUAUGAUCUGUCCUGUGUAUCUGCCGCCCCUGGCUGGACCAAGUAUGCAGGCCUGAGCUAGUGCAGACUCAAAUCAGAAUGGGGACCGUCGCCUCUACUGUUUGCAAAUUGUCAUAGCAACCUCCCAGCAAGAUCACCUUCAGCUAAAUACAAAUGCCCCAAAAGGAGUGUUUCAGAGUUACAGUGUGGCCCUCUCAAGCGUCUCCAGGGCUCCUACAGGGGCAUCAAGGACUGAGGGUGUUGGCAGAGGGAACAGGUGGCAAAGAGUAGAACUGUGCAGAGUAAUAUGUCCCUCUAAAAAAUCCUUCUCCCAAUAAAGUAGAAACACAGUGAAACAAUCAAUCCAAUAAUAAACCUUUACAAAGAAGAGUGAUGACCUGAUCUGGUCCCAGCAAGAGAUAUUCCCCCUUGCUUGUCAUCAGAGACGAUCACAUUCAAAUUCACGUGGGGAAACAUAUUCAGUGUUCAGAAUUAACUAAAAGAAAAGGGAUUACUCAGCAGCAGAGUUGAAGCUAGAACUCAUUUUCUGACUCAGUUUACUCUCACUUUGCUCUGUGUUACCUUGGCUUUUAAGAAACAUCACACCUCUUUUCCUUCCUUCCCUUUCAAACAAUUAUUUUCAUACGGUCUUCCUUUUCUUAAUGAGUGUUCCAUACAACUGAUGUUUAGAUGAAAAAUGUGAAGCCAAAAAUUCAAUUUUAAUAUAACGGGACCCAGCUUUCGCUCAAAUUAUUCUUACAUUACUUCAACAGAAGCUAAAUACUCUCCUGCUUUUUCAUGAAUAAGAAAAAUGCUAACUACUGGAAGUCACAGUUUGUGAAAUCCAAAUUAGAAAUAUUAAUUUCCACAUUAAACAUGAGGAAAAGGAACACUGACUUUUUUUGUAAACAAAGGGACACAAUGAAUCAUUAACUUUAAUCAAAGAAAAACUGCUUGUUUAGGGAACUUUUCCUAAUAUGUUGUUUUAUGACACGAUAAGUACAAUUUCAAUUUUUUAUCUUUUGGUUUCUUACCUUGAGGAAAAUUUGCAUUUAGUCUAAUAUCUUUAGCUAUUUUAAUUAUAAAUGCUACACCUUUCAAAAUUAUAUUCUUGCUGACCUCUAAAUUAGUAUUUACAAUUGCUCGGAUUUUUCUCAUUUUAUUAAAUAUUGAUGGCCUCAACCUGUAUUAAUGUCAAAUAGAAAAAUGUACAAAUGCACUCCCUGAACUUUCAAGGAGAAUAAACUGGGUAAAUUCUAGUAGCUAUUACCCUCAAACUCUAUUAUUCUAAUGCAUCAUUAUCAAUUAUACUACAUUAAUCUCUGUAUAAAACCCUUUCACUAAUACUAUCAUGUUUAAUCGUCAUGACUCAUAAGCAGAUCAGAGUUGUGUUGCUGUUAACAGUAACCUCCUCAGGGGGCUCCAUUCAGUUAGUAAGAGUCUGGUCUUUGGUUCUUGCCCAUUGUAAAAACUCCAUCUGUUCUGAAUAUUUAUAAAAUCCAGCUUCAAAUGACAAGUAGGCAGGAUGUAGCAGGAUGAGAAAGAAAGAAACUUUGGGGAAUUCAGAAUGGAGUCUUGUGGAAGGAAGUCGAUUCUUCACUGAGAAAAGUACUGAUCACAGAGAAAAUUGGAAAUGAACAAGAAAAUUGCUGGUUUCAAAACAUAUUCACUCAUUUAAUCUCUUUAUCCCAGGAACAUUUACAAAGAAUUCAGUGUGUGCUGGGCCUAGGGGAUAGGAUGAAUCAUCAGAUGUCGUGGGUGAGGCUUCAGCUGGGUAAUGUUAG